AUCACCAAGCCCGCGUCCACACUCGUCCACAACCCCAUUUCAAAAAUUUCAGUCCAAAACACAUUCACCCUCUCCAAUCUCCGAUGGGUGUCAACAAGCAAAACUGCCGGAACGAGCUUCGAACAGCGAUCCAACAACUCAACGAUCGCUGCCUAUAUUCCGCAUCCAAAUGGGCUGCAGAACAACUGGUGGGUAUUGAACAAGAUCCAACAAAGUACCCGCCUUCACACACCCGAUUACAGCGAGAUUCUUCCAGUAUUCUCCGUAGGUUUCAUUGUACUGAUGAGAUUACAUCAACCCCUAUUGCUGGGACAUCGUAUGUUUCAACUCCGGUGUUGGAGGAGGAUAAUGGGGACGUGGAUUCUGAUUUGUAUGUUCUUGCAAAGUCGUAUUUUAAUUGCAGGGAGUAUAGAAGGGCUGCUCAUGUUUUGUCUGACCAGACUGGGAGUAAAGCUUUGUUUUUGAAGUGUUAUGCUCUUUAUUUGGCUGGCGAGAAGAGAAAAGAAGAAGAAACAAUUGAACUCGAGGGAUCUUUGGGUGAAAGUAACACUGUAAAUAGCGAAAUCGUGUCCAUAGAACGAGACUUAGCCGCAGUUCGUAAAAACGGCUCAAUCGACUCGUUUGGGCUCUACUUAUACGGUCUUGUUCUCAAAGCGAAAGGUAACGAAAAUCUAGCCAGAACCAUUCUUGUCGAGUCUGUUAACGCCUACCCAUGGAACUGGACCGCGUGGUUAACGCUACAAUCCUUAUGCACCACAAUCGACACACUAAACGGUCUCAAACUGCAUAAUCAUUGGAUGAAAGACUUCUUUCUCGCAAGCACGUAUCACGAGUUACGUAUGCAUAACGAAUCUUUAGCUAAAUACGAUUACUUGCAAUCAACUUUUGGUUCAAGUAACUACAUCAAAGCCCAAAUCGCUAAAGCCCAGUACAGUCUACGUGAUUUCGAAAAUGUAGAGGUUGUUUUCGAAGAGCUUCUUCGUAUCGAUCCGUAUCGUAUCGAUGACAUGGACAUGUAUUCUAACGUAUUGUAUGCGAAAGAAUGCUUCUCGGGUCUAAGUUACCUUGCGCACCAAGUUUUCCUGACGGAUAAAUACCGGCCCGAAUCUUGUUGUAUAAUCGGGAACUACUAUAGUUUAAAGGGCCUUCACGAGAAGUCGGUUAUGUAUUUUAAACGCGCGUUAAAACUAGAUAAAAAUUAUCUAUCUGCAUGGACGUUAAUGGGGCAUGAGUAUGUUGAGAUGAAAAACACUCCUGCGGCUGUUGACGCUUACAGACGGGCUGUCGAUAUAAACCCAUGUGAUUAUCGGGCUUGGUAUGGGCUAGGACAAGCGUACGAAAUGAUGGGAAUGCCGUAUUACGCGCUUCAUUAUUUUAAAAAAUCGGUGUUUUUGCAGCCCGGAGAUUCUCGGUUGUGGAUUGCGAUGGCACAAUGCUACGAACGGGACGAAAUUCGUAUGCACGAGGAAGCGAUUAAGUGUUACAGACGGGCUGCAAGUUGUAAUGAUAGAGAAGCGAUUGCUCUUCAUAGGUUGGCUAAAUUGCAUAGUGAAUUAGGGCAAAAUCAAGAGGCUGCGUUUUAUUAUAAAAAAGAUUUGGAAAGAAUGGAAGAGGAAGAACGAGAAGGGCCGAAUAUGGUUGAAGCGUUAUUGUUUCUUGCGACUUAUUGUAGAGCUCAGGAAAGAUACGAAGAAGCUGAAGUGUAUUGUACUCGUCUUCUUGAUUAUAAUGGCCCUGAGAAGGAAAAAGCAAAAAGUCUUCUUCAAGCAGUUAAACUUGCACAAUCUGGUUUUCCUUAAAACCGACAUUGAACGUUUCUCUUCAUAGUAUUCAACAAAUGUUGUGGGCUAUGAGUUAUCUUCUUUUCCCUUUUGGUGCAUGAAAUAUGAAGCACAUCUACUUAAAAGAUCAAACCGCAAUGCUGUUUUGAGAACCCGAUGUAGGAGAUUUUUUUAUUCAUUUUGUUUAAAUAGUUCGUUUUGUUGAAAUAGUUCAAUCGUAUCUUGUAAUCUUUAAUCGUAAUUUGUUUGAGAAGUAUUUUCUUUA